AUGAGCCGGGCCCGGCACCUGGGGAAGAUCCGGAAACGUCUGGAAGACGUGAAGAGCCGCUGGUGCCGGCCGGCCAGGGCCGACUUCAGCGACAACGAGAGCGCGCGGCUGGCCACGGAUGCGCUGCUGGACGGCGGGCCCGAGGCCUACUGGCAGGCGCUGGUCCAGGAGGGCGAGGUGGACUUCCUGUCGUCGGCCGAGACCCAGUACGUGCAGGCGCGGGCCAAGGAGCCCGCGUGGGUGCCCGAGCCGCCGGCGGGGCCCGAGGCCGGGCUCAGCAGGGACGCCGAGUCCUGCUCGGGCCAGUCGGGGACCUACUUCCCCGCGGCCUCGGAGGGCAGCGAGCCGGCCCUGCUGCACUCCUGGGCGGCGGCCGACAAGCCCUACCUGCGGGAGAAGUCCAGCGCCACCGUGUACUUCCAGACGGACAAGCACAACAACAUCAGGGACCUGGUCCGCCGCUGCAUCUCCCGCACCAGCCAGGUCCUGGCCAUCCUCAUGGACGUGUUCACGGAUGUGGAGAUCCUCUGUGAUAUUCUGGAGGCGGCCAACAAGCGUGGCGUGUUCGUCUGCAUGCUCCUGGACCAGGGAGGCGUGACCCUCUUCCAGGAGAUGUGUGACAAGGUGCAGCUCUCGGACAGUCACUUCAAGAACUUUUGCGUCCGGAGUGUGGAAGGAGAAGUGUAUUGUGCCAAGUCAGGGCGGAAGUUUGCCGGCCAAAUCCAGGAGAAGUUCAUCAUCUCUGACUGGAGAUAUGUCCUUUCGGGGUCCUACAGCUUCACCUGGCUCUGCGGACACGUGCACCGGAACAUCCUGUCCAAGUUCACGGGCCAGGCGGUGGAGCUGUUCGACGAGGAGUUCCGCCACCUCUACGCCUCCUCCAAGCCCCUCAUGGGCCCCAAGUGUCCCCCACUGCUGGCCGCCGUCUCGCCCCGGGUGGGACCCAGCCCCCCGGCCGGCUGCCUCAGUGGCACCAGCAGCUCCGUCAGUGACCACACAUCCUCCAACCCCUUCAGCAGCCCCUCGUCGGGCGACCACGCCCCGAACCACAGCCUGUCGGUGUCGUCAGGGCCCAGCAGCCCACUCACCCCCAACCCGCCUCCGACCCCCAGGUCCCAGGCCCUGCACAGCCCCCUGGGGCCCGUGACCCCGCUCGCACACAUCUCCCCGAGGGCCUACAAAGGCCCAGCAGCCCCUUAUAACAACUUCGACGCCUACCGGCCCACGCGGCUGCAGCUGGAGCAGCUGGGCCUGGUGCCCAGGGCGGUGCACACCUGGAGGCCCUUUCUCCAGGCCUCCCCGUACUUCUGA